GGCGGGACGGGGAUUGCCCGCUGACGGUGUCAACUCUCAGGUAAGUGACACGGACGCUUUACUAUUCUACCGUGUCAUGUUAGAGUCACGUGUUCUUUAAUGUGACUUCCCGUCUGCUGGGUGAGUUUCUGUUCCGCAGAGAAGACGUCGACGAGAGGAAGAGUGUUUGAAACACAAAGGUGGGCCGCGGAAAGUUACAGACGGGUUGUUUAACGAUAUAACUCGGUUCGCUUCUGGUUAUCGGACUGCAGGAUAAAACACCGGAACCGUGUUCAGUUUUACACACGUUUGAGGUGUAAGGUGGUGUUCUUAGAGAAAACCACUUGUUAGGAGCAGAAUACAUCACCUACUUCCUUCUUCGCUGAUUUUUCACAUGGUUUGGGUUGUGGACGUUGACUGAGAGCUGCAUUAACAGUUCCAAUGGACAGCAGGAGUCACCUGAAGAACAUCUUCAUCUGUGUUUUGGUAGCACUGACAGUGGUCAUCAUUUACCUUGUCAAUGAAAACACGCCUGAUGGCAUGUAUGGACCAGCAUACAAAAAGUCCAACACCACGGCCUCUUCGCCGCCUGAGCCAAAGUGGGAGGACCCAGGCCCGUACCAUGUGGCCUACCCACGGAACUACAGAUUCAUCAUGGAUAACUCUCCAACGUGCAAGACCACCACUCCGUUCCUCAUCUUGAUGGUUCCCAUUGCUCCCACCAAUUUGGAAGGUCGGGACACCAUCCGAAGGACAUGGGGGGGUAAGAAAAUGGUCCUCGGUCAGCUGGUCGAGACCGUUUUCAUAGUGGGGCUACCUGGAGGGGUUGACGUCAACCAGCAGGCGAGACUGAAACAGGAGAGCGAGCAGUAUCGUGAUCUCAUCCAGAGUAACUUCCAGGACAGCUAUCGCAACUUGACCAUCAAGACGAUGGUCAUGCUGGAGUGGCUGGCUCAGCACUGCUCCAAGGCCAGCUUUGUGAUAAAAAUUGACUCGGACAUGUUACUGCAUGUAGAUAAUUUGGUUGCAUUGUUACUCGACCCGAAGACGCCGAAGGAAAACUACAUGUUGGGUUUAAUAUGGUGGCACAGCCCAGUUUUAAGAAACCCUUUCAACAAGUUCUACAUGCCACGCCACGUGAUCGCCGAGCCAGAGUACCCCCCCUACCCUCUGGGCAUGGCUUACGUCAUGUCUCUGGAUCUACCCAAGAAGAUCCUGAGCAUCUCGCCUCAAAUCAAACCCAUCUACAUUGAAGACGCAUACCUGGGCAUGUGCCUGAAACGUCUGGGUGUGUUUCCUACCGACCCUCCUGAUCAGAGGAUGUUUCAGGUCGUCCCCCAGCAUCCUAUGAGUAGGUGCGACCUCUCAAAAGUGGUCGCCAUGACUACGACGAGCAUGUCACAAAUGCAAAUCUACUGGCAGAAGAUCGUGCAGGGAGUUCACUGUUAGGCCUGAUUUUAAUAUUGAUUACUUUUGGACGGUUUGGCAAGGUUUUUGGUUAAUUUUGGUUCACAGAAGGAAGCUUCCCAUGGGAUAACUAUUAUGUGGAAGGUCACAAGCAGACAAAUGGUAUGUUUACCACUGCAAUAAUUUUACUCUUCAGCCUUUUGUUUUUGACGGUGUAUGUUACAAGUCAACAGGGAUUUCUGGCUCAGGGCCCAAAAGGUUUACAGUGCAAACCAAAGUAGCCUCUUGUCUUAUCCAAAAGCCAAUGAAAAUAUGGCCAAUCUAAUAAUGUUAGAUUGGCCAUUUCCCAUUUCUGCCCAAAUCACAGAGAUAUCGAGUCGCAUUGGAUUAGUUAUUGUCACAGGACCUCAAAGUUCAGUAGAUAAUUUGAGGGAGAACUUUCACUUUACAAAGUACUGACAUGGUCACUGGAUUAACAAUGCAGACAAUCCAUGUAAUUAUUACAAAUGCCCUUGGUCCAUAAGUAAAACUAAUCCCAUAUGAACAGGUCUUAAUGUUGAUUUAAAUUAUUUUAGUCGGCUUUGAAGUAAGUUUUAACUUAUGUAUAGAGAGCAGUCAUUCUGUGCAUACAAAUAUUUUUACAUUCAGUUUGUAUUUUGCUGCUAUCUGUGUAGAGUUUUGAACUUUCUUCCCUUUGUAUGCAUAUAUUUUUUUCAAUGUAUUCCAGGUUACUAAAACUAUGCAUGUUAAGCUGCAGUAAUAGAUUAUGCGGGCCCAAAUGUAAAGAAAUUAAGCACAUUUAGGAUGAACAUCAAAUUUGGCUUGUGUUGUAGAAGACACACUCCCAUUUUGUUAUAGAGUCUGAAAGAUGGUAAAAAGUUUGUUGCUGUUUUGCAGUGAGUUAUCCAGCUGACAUCGCUAAGUAGCUAGCUAACAGGUCGUCCCUCUGAUUGUUUUGGCUAACUUUAGCAGCUUAAAGCAACUCAAAUCCAUGAUAUACAACAAAAUAUUAUCUGGUAUUAGAUGUCAUUCACAAGAGACUAUUUGCAGCUGCUUUUAUAUCUCUCCAUUAAUCCAGCUAAUCGGCUGUGAGUCGCACUGCAGAGUUCUUGAAGAAACUUUCUAUGAUCUUAUGAAAUUGCACCUACUCUGAGGUUACUCUGAUAAUCUUUAAGGGAAAUGAAGGCAGUUAUGAGGAACAUUGGAUAGAAUUGGAGGAAAAGAACUUGGACUUCAAGGUAGAGAAAAUGCAUGUUGGAAGGUUAGAGUAAAAGUAUUUUGUUAAAUUUAAAAUGAAUAAACCUCUCUGUGAUCUUUUCCUGUAAAAGAUCAAAAAACAACCCCCCAAAAAACAACCAUAAGGUUUUACAGGAUAAACUAAAUUAAGAAUGUUAUCACAGCAGUUGUCUGUCACCACACCAGAAGGGGGCAGGCUAGCACUGCAUAAAAGCCUUAACCCUGACCUGCACUGACUUAAACUCUCAGGACUGCUUCACAAACAGCCGAUCCAUCUUUUAACACCUUUCAGCCACUUGUCUUGGAAGAAUAAUCAUAUUGACACACAAGUGGUUGCUUCAGCUGAGGAAACAUGUCAAACUUUUUCUGUUACUGUCAUGGCAGAUUCUCAACGCUGAGACCAGCUAACCAUGCUUGGGCAAAAUUCAAUAAGCAAUGCAAGAUAAGGGGCACAGGCCUGGGCUGGCACGGUCAUGUUUUCCCCCCCCUUGAAAUCUCUUAGAAAUAGUAAUAAUAAUAAUACUGUGACCUGGUCAAGAGGUGAAACUAAAUCCAAGCAUAAAAAAACAAACAAGCAAAAAAAAAAAACAGUUCAUAUUGGACUUUUUAAAAUCUCAUUUAUGACUUGCACUAAUAAUUGGAUGUUGAUGAAAUGCUGUACUUUAAGAAACAUUUCCAAACAAUGACAAAUGAUUUGAUUUGUAGCUUCUGUAUAUUCUGCCAAUGGCUAAUUUUUUAAAAAUAUUAUAUGGCUCCGUUAUCAGCCAUAUAAUGACUGACCUUUUUAUUUUUACAUGCAAAGCUGCGUCUUCUGUCCACUAGACUGUUGUUUUAUGUGUGUCUGCUGAGUCUUCACCCCGGUUUAUUUGUUGAUUCACUAUUUUCGGUAGUUUUAGACAUAAACACACAAAGAAGACGAUACAGAGGGUGCUACCAUGUGUGCUAUUGUUUCUGUGGUAUGGGUACUAAUGUGUUUCUUUGAUAUACUAAUGAAAGUCAUGUAAAGUUUUUUUUCUUUGAUAACUAGAUUGUGCAAUAUAACAGUAGGGGAGGUAAUAACGGUAACACUGGCGAGUUUAUUAAAUAAUUUCUUUUUGCUCCGUUGAGGUUGGAUUUCCUACAUAAUUCAGUGUCACAUUAAUGCCACUGCACUUUUACACGUAUUUUUACACACAGUCGUUCACCUCUUUAUGAGUUUCCUGAUCAUGGAAGGACUAAGGGUUGCAGUCGUGUAAGAGCAUUUAAAAACCCAUCUGUGCACAGGAAAGUUUUGCUCAAACCAGGUGUUUUGGUUGUGUCCUCCCCCCACCCCAACCUCUUUCUGGCAGACUGGCUGCCCUCUCCAUCGCCGUCUGCAAACAGACUGCACCAUGGGGUCGUAAACUUCAGGUGGCUCUGUUUGGGCUACGGGCAAAAUCUUUCACACACUAUUGUUUUCCUUUUUGUUUUGUUUUUUCAACAUAUAAAUGUAUACUUAUAAAGCUCAUUUCACAGGCUCCAAGUUUAAAUGAAAAAACUUUGUUGCACUUAGAUUCUGACAGGGUGACGCUUUCAGAAAGCUGGUACUGAAACGUUUAAAACAAAAUGGGAAAAUUGGUCAUCGAUUAAUAUUUAAAAUGCUCAAAAAUGUUAAAUUGUAUGUGUGCUGUUAAGUGGCGUUAUUAAAACCACAGAGCAAUAGUCCAGUGACUUUAAACCUGCAGUAAUUGAUAACCACGUGCUGUCUCAAUUUUAAGUUAUGCUAACAGUGCCACCUGGUGGUCAAACAAGAUAUUGUUUUCAAUUAAGUAUUUUAACCUUCUUGUCCCUUCAAGAGAUGACUUUACUCUGCGCACCAUACGGUGGAUUCACUCUGACACAUGUGCUUUUGAGUUUUGCGUUUCUGCGUGGUUUCGGGAAUUGAUGGUCUGACAGGGCAGCCCACCUGUUUCCUUCUGAGCCUCUCCUGAGAGUCGGGCUAAGACUGCGGGAGGUUUAAAUAAAGUUUGUAGGCAGCCUCACUCCCUUUUGCAAUUACAAGUAAUGUAAUUAAAUUGAUUAUGGAGAAUCUGGGUUUCGCUACAAGGAUGAAAAGUCUAAUGACGAUCAGAAAGAAAAAGGAGAGAAAAGAGACGGUAGAUGGGAGAACUUUGUGGAUCAGAGGCACAACAAGCAGCUCUCAGACUCAACCAACGUUCAGGCUGAUGGGAUGUAAAACAUUAUGAACAUCGGUUUUCAAAUCUUGCAUCAGAUUUUCGUCAGGAUUUGGGUCUGAACUUUGACUGGACCUUGACCACAUUAAUAUGGUUUGCACCAGAUUAACAAGCAAAUCUAAAACUAACUUGCAAAGUUUGGGAAAUUUUAUACAAAUACAAAAGACGGCAUCUGUUUAAAGCCUGGUGAUACAUUCAUUUCUCCUUUUUUGCAUCUGCUUCAGCCAUUUGCUCCAUCAUUCUUCCAGUCCGUUGUUCCUGCACCAGUCGUCAGAGCUAAAGAGGUAUUCCAAGCCUGUCCUUUUCCAGAACAGCAAUAGGAGUUUAGUGUUUACAGUGAGGUCAUGUGGCACUUGGCUAAUGCUCUGUUGUUCAAACCUUUUGAUUGGCCUUUACCAAUCAAUUGAUCGACAACAGACAACUGUCUGCCUCUGGAUCCAAACAAAAAGAAAUCGGCCUUGAAACUGGGUCUCUGUCCCUUUAAGAAACUCUUGCUCUUCAGGAAGUCAUCCCAAUAUGACUCCUCUAUUAACCCUCUAACAACAUUUUACCAGUGUUUCCCUGAGCAGCAGCUCUUAUAAUGGUUUCACCAGAUGUGCAGUUUCGCCAGGUGUUUGCUAACUGUUGCUGGCUAGUCUGAAGGAGCUGAGUGGGGGUGUUGCAGGGGAGGGAUUUCUCUGCGAGGCUCUGUGAGAUGGAGGCUCAAAAUCUGCGAAACUGAAGCUCUUAGGAGGGGCUUCGUCCUCAAAGGCGGGACUUUUUUUUUUGUUGUUGUUGUUACUGUUUAUCAUGUUCAUUUGUUAACAUAUAUUUUUUUACACCUACAAACUUUGGGCAAUUUCUCUCCUCGGACUGGACAAAAUAAUUCAAAGAAAAAAACAAAAGAGUUUGACAUAUCACACUUCAAAGAGAAGAUAUUAGUAUCUGUAUCGGGGAUACUCUUCCAGCAUUAUCGGAUCAAUACCAAAGUUUUAAUUAUCGUGUUAACACGGGUGAUUUUUGCAAAUCCUUCUGUGGUUUGUUGGAAAUGAAAGAACAAAUAGCUUUUUUUUUUCUUUUAACUAUAUAUGUUUAUAUGUAUUUUUUAAAUAAGUAUGGGCAAUAUCUUUAGCCUGAAACUUGCUUGUCGUACUUCUGCCCAGAAAUAUGAUGUCAUUUUAUUGUAUUAAAUGACAUCCAGGAUUCCAUUUAUUUUCUUGAAGCCUACCUCUUGAAGUGUGAAAUCCCGUAACAGAGUAGAAUUUAUAUUCCUUUGAAUACAGACAGAAAUCAAGCUUGCAAAGAACAGAACUCUAAAAGAAUGAGCACUUUGAUAAAAUUAGCAAAGUUCAGAACUUCUCUUGCUCUAAGCAGCAACAUAAUGUGUUUGUGAAGAAACACUUUAUGUUUCUUCACAAGGGCCAGAAAUUCAUUAUUUUUGUUAAGGACGGGUUUCUACACGAUCACAUGUAAGAUAUGACAAUAAUAAAAUGGUACCAGGGUUAUUAGACUGCUCUUUCAAAACUUCCACGAAAUCUAAUAAAAUCAGAGAUGAGGAAACAGGAUUUAAGGGGGAAAAAAACCUCAGCAUGCUGUUUUCGCCUCCCUUUAUUUCUCCUGGCUCAGGCCCAAACACUAAAUUUGACCGCCUCCCUCGGGGAGAGUAACUCCAGGCCUGAAUUCCUUUGCGUUAUUUCAUGUUUACUUUCUGCUGCAACAUUUUUUCUCCCUUCUGUGCACCAGCUUGCAUUAGAGGAACUCCUCCAACGUCAAAAAUGUCAUCAAAAUCCGCAUCCAGGCAUCUGCGGGGCCUUAUACAUAAAAACAUCCCGAGUUUCAUGAACGUGUGAAAAGCACCGUGAAAAAUGCAGAGCUAAACGCUGAGCUGUUUUUUUUUUUUCUUGAAAGACAGACGGUUUGAGAUGUAGAAGAAGUCAUUUCCGUUCUGUUGGGGAAGCCUGCGAAGGGUCACGUCUUCCACAACUCUGCCUGUGUGAAUCACAUAAACAAUCCGAGCAGCCCCCCUCCACACAAUUUCGUCUUCACAGGCCUGUCCAACAAAUCAAUCAAACAGCUGCAGCUGAUCCAGAACGCUGCUGCUCGCGUUCUCACUAAAACCAGGAAGAUAGAGCUGAUAACACCAGUUUUAAAGUCCCUUCACUGGCUCCCUGUAGCUCAAAGAAUAGACUUUAAAAUACUGUUGUUAGUUUAUAAAUCACUGAACGGUUUAGCACAUUAAAGAUCUGCUGUUGUUGUAUCAACCUUCCAGACCUCUCAGGUCUUCUGGUUCUGGUCUGCUCUGCAUCCCCAGAACCAGAACCUAGAGAGGAGAAGCAGCUUUCAGCAUCUGUGCACCAAAAAUUUGGAACAAACUUCCAGACAACUGUAAAACAGCAGAAACCCUGACUUCCUUUAAAUCUCAACUAAAAACACACCUGUUUAGAAUUGUAUUUGAAACAUAAUCAAUUAAAAAUCUAAUGAUGGAACAAUGUAUUGUCUAUUACAUGCUGCAUGACUUUGUGUUUUUGUGUUUAUGAUGUAAAGCACUUUGAAAUGCCUUGCUGCUGAAAUGUGCUAUACAAAUAAAAUUUGAUUGAUUUGA